CAAAGAAACACACACACACACACAAAAUAUACAAUAAACCUGGCAAAGACAAUCAAAGGCGAAGGCAAAACAAUAACAGAGAGUGCAAAUUGAAUAAAAACCGAAACCGACGAAUUUUUAUCAAGUGCAAAUAGAGCAAUAGAGGACAAAUAUCACAACAGGUGUUUCAGCUUUAAUUACGAAUUAAUCUACCUAACAUAUUCGACCCUCACACACACCUAUGCGUGUGUGCAUCUGUGUGUGUGUGCUUAACUGAUUUGCGAGCAGCACGUGCAACAAAAGAUGGUUGAAGAGUUUCUCGAGAAAUUGCCAGAAAUCGACACACGUUACGAGGAUAUUGUGCCCAUGGAACAAGUGAGCUCGAUGGUCUCCAACGGUGGCGGCAGCGUGACCAUGCAGCGCGACGAUGAAUACCGAAAUCGCAUCAUGAAAAGUAAGUGUAUUGAAAUCGGAAACGGCCUCAAGAUAUCGGACCGCACGGAUAGUUUGUGGCAGUCGACAGCUGCCAGCAUGCCAGCAGCUGUUGGCCAGCAGCGGCAUGCAGCACGAUCUAUGCAACAGCAACAAUACAUGCCACACCACCAGCUUCAGCACCAGCACCAGCAGCAGCGCACCGCCAACGGCCAACGUGCCAACACCAUUUCGAGCAACUUUAACAACAAAAUGCAGCUGAACAGCAAUCACAGCAGCCAGCGCGAGAUAAGUGCGUCGCCACGUCGCGUGGCACUCGAUACAACGGCCUCUGGGUCGACGACAGGCUUUGGUUUUAGUCGAGCUGACGAGGAAAUCAGCGACAAGGCGUCAACAUGCGGCAAAUUGCUCAUAUUUCUAUCCGUGGCCCUAGUGAUAAUGACGCUGCCCUUCAGCCUGUUCGUCUGCUUCAAGGUGGUGCAGGAAUACGAGCGCGCGGUUAUCUUUCGCCUGGGUCGACUCAUGCAGGGCGGCGCCAAGGGUCCAGGCAUUUUCUUCAUAUUGCCCUGCAUUGAUUCAUAUGCACGCGUGGAUUUACGUACUCGCACCUACGAUGUGCCCCCACAGGAGGUUCUCACAAAGGAUAGCGUUACGGUUUCGGUGGAUGCAGUGGUUUACUAUCGCGUAUCAAAUGCGACCGUCUCUAUAGCGAACGUGGAGAAUGCUCACCAUUCGACCAGACUACUGGCACAGACUACUCUACGAAACACAAUGGGAACUCGGCAUUUGCAUGAGAUACUCAGCGAGCGUAUGACGAUUUCCGGCACCAUGCAGGUUCAGCUAGACGAAGCGACCGAUGCUUGGGGCAUCAAAGUUGAACGUGUUGAAAUCAAGGAUGUGCGUUUGCCCGUCCAGUUGCAGCGAGCCAUGGCCGCCGAGGCUGAGGCAGCACGUGAGGCACGGGCCAAAGUAAUUGCCGCCGAGGGCGAGCAGAAAGCAUCGAGAGCGCUGCGUGAGGCAUCCGAGGUGAUUGGCGAUUCGCCGGCAGCGCUGCAGCUGCGCUAUCUGCAGACUCUCAAUACCAUAUCCGCGGAGAAGAACUCAACGAUUGUAUUCCCGCUGCCCAUCGAUUUGAUAACAUAUUUCCUGAAAACUUCGGAGGCCACCACGCAACAGAAUGCGGCUGCAGCAGUUGCUGCCCAGCAGCAGCAGGCGCAACAGCAUCAGGCAAUCAUGCAGCAGCAACAGUACGCCCAGCCGAUGCAGCAGCAGCAGCAGCCACAGCAGCAACUGAUGUCGCCGCCGCCGCAGCAACAACAGCCGCAACAGCAACAACAACAGCAGCAAUACCAAACGCAGCAAAUUUCAUCAGCUAUGUAAAUGAGAAUGGCGAGACAUAAUUAAAGUUUCGGCUUGGCCGAAUUUCGAAUGCGCUGCGUGAAAACAGAAAGAAUCUAAAAGAGAAAACCGCAGUUGGUUGUAGCCGACUGCAUGAUGCUCGUUCAUGAUGAAAUUAGAGUUGAAAUGAGAUAUAGAAAAUACCAGAAUAGAGUCGAAUUUAGAGAGAGAUGUGGCAAAGUUCAGAUAAGGUAUGCCUCAGAGGGCGUGGACCACAAUGCCUAAAGACAAUUGGUAGAGUAGAAAAUAUGACAAACAGACUUAAAUGAAACAUAAGAGAACAAAGUCAAGCAAACUGAAAAGAUUUUAG